AUGCAGAGCGCGACCCCCGCCGCCCCACCGGCUCUGCACCUCCUCACCUCCUACUUCAUCGACAGCAUCCUGGGCCGGGGCCCCGCCGCGGGGCGGCACGGCGAGGAGCGCGCGGCGCCGCCGCCGCGGCCCGGCCGAGCGCGCGUCCCCGCGGAAGAGCCGGUGGCCACGGGUCGCGGGCAGCGGCCCCCCGGGGCCGCGGCGGGCGGCGAGGCACCGGGUCCGGUGAAAAGAAAGCAGCGGCGAUACCGCACCACGUUCAGCACCUUCCAGCUGGAGGAGCUGGAGCGCGCCUUCCGCAAGUCCCACUACCCCGACGUGUUCACCAGAGAGGAGCUGGCCGUGCGCCUGGACCUGACAGAAGCCCGAGUGCAGGUCUGGUUCCAAAACCGAAGGGCAAAGUGGAGGAAACGUGAAAAAAAUGAAAUUCUGGGGACUGUUCCAGGAAUCUCCUUAACUCACCCACUUGGUCUGUUUCUGGAUGUUCCACUGAGUCAUUCUCCCCUCCUAGAUCACACAUGGAGGUCAAUGCCUCUUUCAACACUGGCUGUGCCAUCCGUGUCUCCAGCCUUUAAUCCUUCAACCUUAGGGCCAUUUGGCCUCAGCAGCCUUACCUGGACUUCUCUCUUCAGAAAUCCUGUUUUAAAUCCACAUUUUGGAAGGUAUAGAAUUAAUUUUUUUCCCCUAAAUCUCAAAACUGUUAAAAAAAAAUGCAUUUCAUUGGUUUGGUACUUGCAUGUUCUCAGUAAGCAUGCCCCCAGAGAUAAAAUUACUAAAAUGAGGUUAGUUCUGUGUAGGAUCAUUUGAUCAGGAGUUGCAAGACUUAGUUUUAAGUCACUAGUAAAAACUUAACAUGUAAUUGCUCUUUGAAGAACAGUU